AUGCCAGAGCAGUUGACGUUUGCUCACAGAUAUAUCCAAUUCCCGUUUUUUCGCUUGUCUCUAUUUUUGAAAGAGUUAUUUCUAAUCAAGAUAAAGGAAUGCUUCUUUAAACUUAUAUUUAUCGGUGGCAAUUCUAUUUUUUCUUUUUCACAGCUGGAGCUUAAAUUAGGGCUUGGUGGCACUUCCUAUGAAGAUUUUAUACAGAGCAUGCAUCUUCCUUUGCAAUUAAGUCAGGUGGAUCCUAUUAUAUCAUCUUUUUCAGGAGGAGCAGUAGGUGUAAUAUCAGCCCUAAUGCUUAUUGAAGUAAACAAUGUCGAGCAACAACAAAAGAAGAGAUGCAAGUACUGCCACGGAGCUGGAUAUUUGGCCUGUGCCAGAUGUGCUGCCAGUGGUGUCUGUGCAAGCACUGAACCUGUUUCAGUUGCUCAUAUCUGUGGUCAUCCAUUUGAACCUCCUACAACCCAAAGAUGCCCUAAUUGCUCAGGGACUGGAAAGGUAUGUUAGCUGACGAGUAUAAUAUUGGUG